AUGCCGCGUAAACCCUCAACGCCCCUCAAGGUGAAAAAGAAUCUUCUAGGCGAAGUUAAAAUCCGGCAAUCAUGGAACAAAUACAACCUCUACAACCUGGCACGACAGAUGCCUUAUUCAGGAAGAUCACAUCAUUUCUUCAAACAGAAGUGGAUUUCAAAAUCUCUGGCGCGAAACUAUCAUGGCGAACACAUCCGCGAGAAACAAUGGCUGCGAAUGUUCGACAGGAGGAUCCGGUCCGUUGUACCCAUGGAUGCAGAGUAUUUGGCUUCCAAUGAUGGCUCGCUGGAAUCUGCUGGUCGUGGCUCAGGGUUGGAGGCAAAAGGGAAGCAAAAGACGGCAACAGCAAUACCGUACAUGCAAAUGACCUUUGCGCCGAUGGAACGGAGAUUGGACACGGCCAUCUUCAGAGCCAUGUUUGCCAGCAGCGCUCGUCAGGCCAGGCAAUUUGUCGUUCACGGAGCGGUGAAGGUCAAUGGGAAGCAGAUGCGGUAUCCGGGGUAUUUGCUCAACCCUGGAGAUAUGUUUCAGGUUGAGCCGGAACGAGUUAUGUGGGCAACGGGAGCGCCCAAAGUCCCGCUAAAAGCGACCAAGAGCGAAGAAGGCGGAGAUGAAGACAACACCGAGGAAAUUUCAGCAAAGUCUGCCGAAGAAGAAGCGGCCACUGAACAAACGACCGAAGAGGACGUCGAUGUUGAUAGAGACCCGCGCGAAGUGCUGAAAGACCUACGGGCGAAAGCGAAGAGUGUCCUCACAACAUCAAAACGAGACAUUGGCGCGAAGCGGAAGCAGGACCUUCGAGCGUUCUCCAUCGCCAUCAAAAAGCUGCUGUCACGAUCCUCAUCAUCAACUAUCCUUACAGACAGUCUUGAAGCUCAGUUUGCGGAGAUCCAACAUCAGCUAAACAUACGGAAAGAGAACCAAGACACCGGCACGAGCAGCAUGCCUUCUGCACAAGACGACAAGAACUCUUCUCCCGAAUCAAGUCCAACGACAGAAACAGUGGCCGAAUCGGUGGCCCCCGAAUCUAAGCAGGAGGCCAUCUUCACUGACGCCGAUUACAACGAGCUCUAUGCUGCACUUCGCUCUAUGCAUGAGAACCCUGUUGAUGACUCGAAACCUUAUGCCACUCCCUGGAUGCCGCGUGAAUACAUGAGUGCAUUUGCCUUUAUCCCUCGAUUCCUCGAAGUCAACCACAACAUCUGCGCGGCCGUUUACCUGAGACACCCGGUUGCAAGACCAGGUCUGGCCGAGGUGCCCAGCCCCUAUCAAGCUGAUCUCCAUAGUACGGCUUUCGCAUGGUAUCUGAGAAGGCGAUGA